GGGUUGAAUCGAUCUCGGACUGCAUCUGAUUAAAAACUGAUAUGGUUUAUUUGUGACGGUCUUGAGAUAAAGCAUUAUUAAGCCAUUAUAUAACAUAUUUUUUUUAAUAUUAUACUGUAUUUACUUUCUAAGUGAACGUGAAAAACAAUGAGUUUCACAGACAAAGUGGUACUUGUGACAGGAGCAAGCUCAGGAAUUGGCGCUGCUACUGCGAUACUUUUUGCAAAAGAAGGAGCCAAAGUAGCAAUGGUUGGAAGAAACAGUAAAAAACUCAAAAUAGUUGAAGAAAAAUGUUUUAAAGUUGGCAAACCUCCUCUUGUUAUAAUUGCUGAUGUGGCUAAAGAUGAAGAAGUGAAAAUGAUUAUCAAAGAAACUGUAGAUACGUUCGGGAAACUAGAUGUCCUUGUCAAUAAUGCUGGAUUUGCAAAAUAUGGGACUUUAUCUGAUGGAAAGUAUCUCCAAUGCUAUGAUGAAAUAAUGGCGGUUAAUGUUCGCGCUGUGAUCAACUUGACAAUGUUGGCUAUUCCUCAUUUGAAAAAAACAAAAGGGAACGUAGUGAAUAUAUCUAGUGUGUCGGCAAUGUCAUUGCCACCAGACGUAAAGUGGAUGCCAUAUAAUGUUUCUAAGGCAGCGUUGGACCACUUCACACGCGGGGCAGCUAAAGAACUUGCUUCUUUUGGAAUAAGAGUUAAUUCUGUGAACCCAGGACCUGUUCGUACGGAUUUCUUCGAAUCUAGUGCUGCUGGAAUAGAAGUUGAUGAUUGUACAGAUAUGUGUCCUCUAAAUAGAGUAUCUGCCCCCGAGGAAAUCGCCGAUUUAAUAAUGAAUCUUGCUGGUGAGAAAGCUAUAGGUAUAACUGGCUCUAUAUUUUUAACAGACAACGGUUUUAUUUUAAACAGAUAAAUAUUCGUUUAAAUGCAGAGCAAAAUUAUGGUUCUAGGUGAUUUUAAGAAAAAAGUAGAAUUAUGGUAUUCCUCGUAUCUUGUUUUUUAUUUGUUCUACCUAUCCUUCGCCCUGCUACAUAUUUUUACAUGUCAAUAGUUUUUCUACGUGUUUAAAAAAUACUUAUUUAUA